AUGCAGCCGGUGCUUAGGCGGGACGUCGCCUCCAGGGUGCGCGAAGCCCGCGAGCUCAGUGGCGAUGAGGAUCCCUUCAGUCAUCGAGCCACUCUGGAAAAAUUGGCACCAACGUUGACCAAGGCUCAAUACGACUUGAAGGACGCGAAGGCGUUCGCGCAAUUCCUCCACGAUGCAGACGUACGUUUGGUUCGUGCCAGGUACCUCACUGAGCUGGUCCGUUCCGGACGCCCAUUACCACGUCGCCAAGAACUCGAGUCUCAGACCUUUGUUCUGCCUGACUCCGAGGCUGAAACAGCCUUGGUGAGCCACCAGGAAGUACAGACCUGGGCUGAAGGGAAUAGGGAUGCGAUCAUCUGCUCGAUCUCCCAUGCUUGGGAGACUCGCGAGCAUCCAGAUCCUUGUAGGUAUCAGCUUGAGCAGAUUGUGCAGCGUGUUGUCUUGUACGAAGCUGCCUUCAAGGCUGAUGUUUGGGUGUUUUACGAUUAUGCAUCGUUGUUCCAAUUUGAGCGGCUCUGUCCAAAACAAGAAAGCAGCUUCGGAGCAGCCAUGCAAAAUAUGCAUGUGAUGUAUGCUCACGAGCACACGCUGACCCUGCGUAUCGAAAGUCUCACACCAGAGGAUGUCUGGAAUCGCAUGAUGGCCAACGAGACGGAACUUGUCCCUGUUUAUGACAAGGACGACAAGCAUGUCGUAGCCAAACCCUUGAAGGAUUUGUUUCCAAACCGGAACGCGUACACGUCUCGCGGAUGGUGCAUGGCAGAGGUGGAAUGGAGUUCACUCAGGACGGUGAAUCUCCAGCACCAAAGAAUCGAUGGAGUCGAUGACCACUCCGGUGAUGGCAGUCACCUGCAUGGCAGGAUCCCGAUGACCCCUGCAAAGUUUCGAUCCGAAAUGGAAAAGGCGGUCUUUACUCACAGAUCCGAUGCGGAAAGCGUCAUCCGUUUGCAAGAAAAGAUCUUCUUCGAAAAGGUGACGGUGUGUGAGCACCUGGAGUUGGAAGGCCUUCCGGCCGAUCAAGUGCUGGCGUUGGCUGAUGCUUUGCCACUCUACAAGAACUUGAAAAGCUUGACGCUGAAAACCUUUCGAUGUGACGAAGAGCAGGUUGAAGCCCUUGCAAAGGCAUUCGCAACCAGCGGAUUGCACAUGCUCACAGUCCGCAAUGACGACGCCAAGAGCUCUGAACUCAUGGUCAAGGCCUUGGCCGAGGCGCUGAAGACAAACGCGUCCGUCACGAACAUCGAUUUGCGAUACAACCAGAUUGGUGCCGAGGGGGCCAAGGCCUUGGCCGAGGCUCUGAAGAUAAACUCGUCCGUCACGAACAUUGAUUUGUCAUUGAACGACAUUGGUGCCGAGGGGGCCAAGGCCUUGGCCGAGGCACUGAAGAUAAACGGGUCCGUCACGAACAUCGAGUUGGAAUUCAACCAGAUCGGCGACGAGGGCGCCAAGGCCUUGGCCGAGGCACUGAAGAUAAACGGGUCCGUCACGAACAUCAAUUUGGAAGACAACCAGAUUGGCGCCGAGGGUGCCAAGGCCUUUGCCGAGGCACUGAAGAUAAACGCGUCCCUCCCGUGCAUUUUUUUGUUCAACAACCAGAUUGGCGACGAGGGCGCCAAGGCCUUGGCCGAGGCACUGAAGAUAAACGGGUCCGUCACGAACAUCAAUUUGGUUGGCAACCAGAUUGGCGCCGAGGGCGCCAAGGCCUGGUGUGUGGUGGGCUCCGCAGAAUCGCUGAAUGCUGCGGCCUUGGCCGAGGCACUGAAGAUAAACAGGUCCGUCACGAACAUCACUUUGUCAUGGAACCAGAUUGGUGACGAGGGCGUCAAGGCCCGGUGUGUGGUGGGCUCCGCAGAAUUGCUGAAUGCUGCGGCCUUAGCCGAGGCACUGAAGAUAAAUGCGUCAGUCACAGACAUCAAUUUGUCCAACAACCAGAUUGGCGACGAGGGUGUGAAGGCCUGGUGUGCCUUAGCCGAGGCACUGAAGAUAAAUGCGUCAGUCACAGACAUCAAUUUGUCCAACAACCAGAUUGGCGACGAGGGUGUGAAGGCCUGGUGUGUGGUGGGGCCCUCGAACAAGACGCCAACCUUGAUCUGUCGCUGCCUCCAGGCCUUAGCCGAGGCACUGAAGAUAAAUGCGUCAGUCACAGACAUCAAUUUGCCCAACAACCAGAUUGGCGACGAGGGUGUGAAGGCCUGGUGUGUGGUGGGCUCCGCAGAAUCGCUGAAUGCUGCGGCAUGUCAUGAUGUCGUGUUUUCGACAUCCUCUUACAGUGAGAAGUUUGGAUGGUUUGGAGGUGCUGUAGUUUCAUCGUUCAUCUCGGAUCGAGUUGAGUUGUCAAAUACUCGCAAUCCAGCUGUAUGCCAUACUGUAUGUAGUUGCUGA